UCAGCUGGCCCCAUCCAUGUCGAAAUGUGCCUGCAUAUUGGGUACGGAGUAACUGCCCACUUCGACGUCCAGCUCCUCAAGAGGCCUGUGGACAGACAGACAGACAGACAGACACCAAGAGCAGCCGGACUCAGCAGAGCAGACAGACGCACAUGGGAUGCGUGUGAGAUGUGUGGGUUACCUCGUCGUCCAGUUGCGAUGAUGUGCUAUUGACACCCACCCGCCACUGACUUUCACCUGCACACCAGAGAAGGGGCAGGGCAGCAGGAAUGGAGUCAGACACCAGCAGACAGUUCUGUCUGACUCCCGCACUCGGGCACGCACCUUGGUGAGCCUGAAGAAGUCCCUAGGGUAUGGCAACCGGAUGGCAUCUCCUCUUUGGCCCCGGCAGCAAGCCUCGAGGGACUUGAGGGUCGCAGCUGCGCGCUCGACCAGCAUCACCAGCUGCACUGUCGGGGCUGCGCGAAUGACCAUCGCUUCAGUCCGACUGAACAGGUGCAACCACUCACGGCUCUGCUCCCAAGUCAUCCUGACGCAGGAGCGGGAUCUGAUGACGACGGUGCGGUGCAUGGGCUGCCGGCGGGACAGCGAGUGGAGGGAGGGGUGCGCACGAGCCAGAUCCACUAGAACGGACUGCGUACCUGCAGCCAAACCGACCCAACCAACACACAGCAAACUUGCUGCCUGUUUUGCCGUGCGCUUUGGCCAAUCGCCGUGGGCUGGCUGCUUUGCUUACCCAGAAGGGGGCUGAGAAAUCGAUACCAUAGUGGCUCGGGAAGGUCGCACAGGAGCGCAGGCGUCACAACCUGAAGUUGCAAGGGCCAACCAGCCAGCAUUGCGCGGGCGGCUGUAGAGUGCCUGUCUUUCUUGCUGCCUGCCUUUGUUUGCGCCCCACUUACCGGCAGGUUGAGCGUCUCGGCGAUGAAGUCACACUUGGUGUGGGCCCGCUGGAUGAGCUGUUUCUGCGGCUCAAGGCCUUGGCUCAUCACCGACGCGGCCUUCAGCAGCUUCAGGCAACACUUGUAGUGGACUGACACACGCUGAGAAAAGCACAGCGCAGUACACGGCAACGACUCAUUGCAAGCAGCUGAGCCUGCCUGCCUCAUCGUAUCCUCCCUCUCACCUCGGCAACGGUUUCUUCCAGCCCCGACGCCUCCUUGGAACACUUCAGGGCAAACACCUCCUUGGCCUGCAUCCAACGCGCCGAGUGAAUGAGUCAUGCAAUUCGACCCAUGCCAGCCAAGUGAAUGAAGGUGUCCGCACCCUUCCUUACCCGCGCAUUGAGUGUGUCCAUGCGCUGUCCUACAUCGUCCAGCCGACGCCUCGCAGCCGCCACAGCCCCGGUGGCCUCACGCUCCUGUGCGGCCAUACGCAUCGCAGCCAUCACGAACACCGAGUCUGGGUCACAGAUCUGUCUGUUGUUUCCCUCCCGUCGUGCACACCUCCGUCGAAGCAUGAGGGAUGUCCAGCCGCCGCCUGAGGUUCCUCUGCGGAGGCUCACUGACAGGCGGCUUUGGCCGACUGAGCCCAAGUUCAAACAUCUACUGAUCGAGCCCCUGCUGGGAGCAUGUUAAAGCCGCGCUGCGCAGCU